AUGCAGGGGAAAGCAGGCUGCAGUCGGGCGACUCUUCUCCUCUGGCUGUAUCCAGGGGUCCUGUACCUGACCAACGCAGAGUCCAGCACAUCCAGAGCGCCUGGCAGUGUGGACCCACCCCUCUGCAAGCCAGGACAUUACUGUCCGGGAGGGGGCAGGGGUCCAGUGCCCUGUCCCAGGGGAACCUUUGGAGCUGGCGCCACGUCCACAUCGGCGGAGAGCUGCACCAGAUGCCCGCCUCACCAUUUCGGGCCACGGCCUGGCCUGGCUGCUUGCCUGCCGUGCGGACCCUGGGCGCAGCAACCUCUACCUGGGCAGGACAGGUGUGUGUGCCUGGGGGAGGGCCAGAGCUUCCAGGUGAGCGACGGGCAGUGCCCCUGCAUGCUGGGGUACCGGGCCGCGGGCGAGGAGGGCGUGUGUAUGCGCAGGGUGUACGAGAUCUGCAGGGACGGCCAAGCGCGCACACAGCACGGAGCCUGUCUGUCACCAGAGCAGUGGAGCCAGCACUGCAGCACGCAGGUGUGCUCGCCCCCCGGGGACCACGCGGGCUACGACGGGGCCCUGGGGCUGUGCCUGUGCGGCGCUCCGGGGGGCGGCGGCGAGUGCGCGGGCUGGUGCAGGAGCAGCUCCACGCAGCCGCUGCAGCUGGUGUGCGACCGCCAACUCAGGCUCGUCCACCGCGACUCGGGCAGUCAGGUAAGCGUGUCGGGGGCCGCUCUGGGGACCGCCCUCAAUCGCUGGGACCCCCAGGGAGUUCUGCAGUGCCACGGUCACCUCAACUUCUCCCGCUCGGUGUACGUGGUCCACACCGAUGAACGUGGCUUCUUUGGGAUGUUGAGUCUGGUUUCUGCCGAUGUACAGAAGCUUUUACUGGAGGACAGCCAAGCCACACACACCCCUGAAAGACUGUCAGGGGCACAUGGAAACUCCACUGAACUUGGUGAUGAGGUCACAGAAGAGGACGAACCCCAUUGGUCCAGGAGACGGGGAAGUGAGGACAGGACCUCCACCCCGGCUGGCAUCCUGAACCCUACCACCUGUGUACAGAAUGGGGACAUAGUGUUGUUCAGAGUGUCCCGGGAGCAUUAUCCUCAGUAUGACAUAGAGAACCUAUACAACACCAACGCCGGCUACGACUGGGGGUCGUUCCGUCACCUGGCAGAGGAGAUGACCCAGGCCAGGACGCCCCCCGCCCUCUUCCCAGUCAUCUUCACUGAACCUGGAGUCUACACCCUCAGACUGAGCAGCAACCAGUACAAGCACAUGUAUGUGAAGGUGAUGCCGACGGGGGGGCAGUGUUAUGAAGCUGGGCCGUUCUUCCCCACUGACCCUCAUCACCUGACCAGACUCGGUGUCGUCAAGAGACGGCACCUCCUGCUGCAGCCUGAUUGGCUGGUGAUCGGGGGGCUGCUGGUGGGGGCAGUGGUCAUCCUCAGUAUGUGUAUCGCCUUUCUGAUCCUGUUUCGGGAGUACGGCUGGCCAGAGAAGGUGCCGGUCAGGCCCAGGUAUCGCGCGCUGCAGCUCACAUACAGCCUGGAUGACUACUCCUCCAAGGGCUCCCAGGUCAUGGCCGUCAAGAAGCACCAUAGAAGCCUGCAGGCUGGGGGAACAGAGGGAAUAACCCAGCCAGCUGUAACACCAGAUGAGUUCUGGGACUACGAGCAGCAGGUGGACCUGGAGGCCUUCGGCACCAACACCUUCUACGACAUCCUGCUGAAACACAGCGUGUCUGUCACCAGCCAGCUGAGCCAGCUCAGAGGAGAGGUGAAGGAGCUGUACCAGCGGGUGCUGGGGAAGGUCGGAGGACUGCGCCUCGGCCAGUGGGCCGCGGGCGGGGUCAAGAGGGAGGGGUACGAGGAGCUGCACAGGGAGGUGGAGAAGGAGCAGGCUCGGCGGAGGGGUCUGGCUGCGCAGCUGGGGCAGCUGCUGGACAGCCAGCUGCAGAUGCUGCGGGCGGAGCUCCGGUCUCAGAAGGAGGUGCACAGGGGCUACGGAGCGCGCCUGAGGGAGGCCCUGCGCCUCCUGGAGCAGAUCUCGGGAGGAGCCUCGUCUCUACAAGGCCAGCUCUGGGACGGGCACCACCGGCACGUGCUUCAGAGGGUGUCCGUCUUGGCAGACGAGAUGACGGACCUCGUGUCCAGGGAGUGCCAGAGGCAGGGGGCAUGGGCCGUGCUCGGAGAGGGCACGGGUGCCAAGCUGCUGUGCCCGAAAAGAGGGGUGGUUCUGAGCAGGACAGAGAUCUUUGCAGCCCCGGACAGGACGGUCCGUGCUGGCGACGCCGUCCGUGUGGACCCCUGCACCGGCCUGCUCCUGCCCAGUCCGGGCGCCCGCAUGCGCCUGGCGAGCGGGCACAGCAUGCCCGUGCCGCCGGACUUCUUCCUCCACCCCCAGACGGGCAGGCUGCUGCCGGUGGCGGGGAACGUGGGCUACGACCCCGCCAGCUCCACCCUGGUCCUCACGGCGGAUUGUGGCGGAGGGGAGGCGGGUAAAUGGGACUCCCCCCUCCUGCCCUUCGUCCCGUACCCAUCGCCCCACCGCACGGGCCCUCCCGCGACCCCGCGGCUCCGGGGCCUACGGCAGGGCCAGAGGAUGGCGCUGGGGGGGCCCAUGUGCGACCCCGACACGGGCGUGGCGGUGCCCAUCCUGGCCGUGACGAUCCAGCCGCAGACCGGGCUGGUUUACCCGCUGGGGGGCUUGUACCAGUGCCCCUUCACCCGCCUGCCCCAGCCCAUCCAGAUCGGCUCGCCUUUCCUGGACCCCCACACCGGCAACCUGGUGCUCACCACGGGGGUCGGCCUCGACCCCAGCACAGGGAAGGUUGUCCCUGUGGGGGGGCUCCUGCUGGCUGAGUCCUUCCUGGAGCCCCUGAGCGGGCGGCUGGCUCGUGUCGGGGGGGCCACCCUGAGGGGGGGGAAGCUGGUGCCUCAUGCCGGGGGGUUCCAGGCCCUGCUGGACGCCCAGACCCUGGGGACGCGCGUGAGGACAGCCCAGCUGCUGCGAGGGUGUGGGGAGGGCGUGGCAGCGGAGCCAGACGCGGUCCGGGCAGCGGCCGCGGAGGUGGAGCACGCCUGGAGGAGCAGCCAGCACUGCCUCCUGCAGCUGAUUGGCCGACUGGAGACCCUGCUGGAGUGGGUUUGGGGCAUCGGCGAGGAUGGAGGAGCCCAAGGACAAAUCCAGUUCCCUGGUUCCGAGCUCUCCCUGCCCGCCCUGCCAGGGCUGGAGUACCCGGACCCGGGCGGGUCGGGCCUGAAGGUACCCGUGCUGGGGGCAGAGCAGGAUUUGGCGACAGGACGUCCCAUACCGCUUGCUGGGACCAUGGAGGAUGCAGACGGCAAGGGGCUGGUUCCAAUCCGCAUCGGGGCACGCACAGUAGACCCAAUCACAGGCUCCGUGGGAGCAGUGGUGGGGGCCCGCCUGGACGUCUUCAGGCAGACCGUGGUCCCAGUUACCGUGUCCUACAGUCUGACUGCCCGAGAGAACGUGGACAGGGCACAGGCGGAGGCGCUUCAGAAGGAGUGGUGUGCGAGGAGGGCGUACUGGGGCCAGCAGAGGCAGAAGGAGGAGGACCUGCUGACGGACGUGGACGGAUCGGCGCAGCGCUGCCUCCGCGCGGCCGCCCGGAGCGGCGCCAAGCUGGUGAGCGUGCGGACGUAG